AUGUAUUAUUUAUUAUCGUCGUCAUCGUCGUCGUCGUCGUCACCGUCGUCACCGUCGUCGUCGUCGUCGUCACCGUCGUCGUCGUCACCGUCGUCGUCGUCACCGUCGUCGUCGUCACCGUCGUCGUCGUCACCGUCGUCGUCGUCACCGUCGUCGUCGUCACCGUCGUCACCGUCAUCGUCGUCACCUUCACCAUCGUCGUCACCGUCACCGUCGUCAUCGUCGUCACCUUCACCAUCAUCGUCACCGUCACCGUCGUCAUCGUCGUCACCGUCACCAUCGUCGUCACCGUCACCGUCACCAUCGUCGUCACCGUCACCGUCACCAUCGUCGUCACCGUCACCGUCACCAUCGUCGUCACCGUCACCGUCGUCGUCACCGUCACCGUCGUCGUCACCGUCACCAUCGUCGUCACCGUCACCGUCGUCAUCGUCGUCAUCGUCGUCACCGUCACCAUCGUCGUCACCGUCACCGUCGUCAUCGUCGUCACCGUCACCAUCGUCGUCACCAUCACCAUCGUCGUCACCGUCACCAUCGUCGUCACCGUCACCAUCGUCGUCACCGUCACCAUCGUCGUCACCGUCACCAUCGUCGUCACCGUCACCAUCGUCGUCACCGUCACCAUCGUCGUCACCGUCACCAUCGUCGUCACCGUCACCAUCGUCGUCACCAUCGUCGUCACCAUCGUCGUCACCAUCGUCGUCACCAUCGUCGUCACCAUCGUCGUCACCAUCGUCGUCACCAUCGUCGUCGUCGUCACCAUCGUCGUCGUCGUCACCAUCGUCGUCGUCGUCACCAUCGUCGUCGUCGUCACCAUCGUCGUCAUCGUCACCAUCGUCGUCAUCGUCACCAUCGUCGUCAUCGUCACCAUCGUCGUCAUCGUCACCAUCGUCGUCAUCGUCACCAUCGUCGUCAUCGUCACCAUCGUCGUCAUCGUCACCAUCGUCGUCAUCGUCGUCGUCGUCAUCGUCGUCAUCGUCGUCGUCGUCAUCGUCGUCAUCGUCGUCAUCGUCGUCAUCGUCGUCACCGUCACCAUCGUCGUCACCGUCACCAUCGUCGUCGUCGUCACCAUCGUCGUCAUCGUCACCAUCGUCGUCAUCGUCACCAUCGUCGUCACCGUCACCAUCGUCGUCACCGUCACCAUCGUCGUCACCGUCACCAUCGUCGUCACCGUCACCAUCGUCGUCACCGUCACCAUCGUCGUCACCGUCACCAUCGUCGUCACCGUCACCAUCGUCGUCACCGUCACCAUCGUCGUCACCGUCACCAUCGUCGUCACCGUCACCAUCGUCGUCACCGUCACCAUCGUCGUCACCGUCACCAUCGUCGUCACCGUCACCAUCGUCGUCACCGUCACCAUCGUCGUCACCAUCGUCGUCACCAUCGUCGUCGUCGUCACCAUCGUCGUCGUCGUCACCAUCGUCGUCGUCGUCACCAUCGUCGUCGUCGUCACCAUCGUCGUCGUCGUCACCAUCGUCGUCGUCGUCACCAUCGUCGUCGUCGUCACCAUCGUCGUCGUCGUCACCAUCGUCGUCAUCGUCACCAUCGUCGUCAUCGUCACCAUCCAUCGUCGUCGUCGUCAUCGUCGUCGUCGUCGUCAUCGUCGUCAUCGUCGUCAUCGUCGUCAUCGUCGUCGUCAUCGUCGUCAUCGUCGUCAUCGUCGUCAUCGUCGUCAUCGUCGUCAUCGUCACCAUCGUCGUCAUCGUCACCAUCGUCGUCAUCGUCGUCACCGUCGUCAUCGUCGUCACCGUCGUCAUCGUCACCGUCACCAUCGUCGUCACCGUCGUCAUCGUCGUCACCGUCACCAUCGUCGUCACCGUCACCAUCGUCGUCACCGUCACCAUCGUCGUCACCAUCGUCGUCACCAUCGUCGUCACCAUCGUCGUCACCAUCGUCGUCACCGUCACCCUCGUCGUCACCCUCGUCGUCACCCUCGUCGUCACCAUCGUCGUCACCAUCGUCGUCGUCGUCACCAUCGUCGUCGUCGUCACCAUCGUCGUCGUCGUCACCAUCGUCGUCGUCGUCACCAUCGUCGUCGUCGUCACCAUCGUCGUCACCGUCACCAUCGUCGUCACCGUCGUCAUCGUCGUCAUCGUCGUCAUCGUCGUCAUCGUCGUCAUCGUCAUCGUCACCAUCGUUAGCGGCAGUUAUUUAUGGCCAAUUUUAUCCCUAAUGACACGAACAUCGUUUUAA